CAGUCUUUCUUCGUCUACGGUGGUGAGCGGUUCGAGAUUUUCCUAGAGGCAGCAGCAGUACCAAGUGUCCUCGCGCGACUGCUCCCCAUAAAAAGGAAUCAUCCAGCAAUCCUCCUGCUUUCCCAGCAGCCAGUUCUCUCAUCCAUCCCUGGAACCGACACCCAUCGUCGUGUGUCCCCGUAGGUUUCAGUGAGAAUUUGCUGUUUUUGCAGAAAGAAAAUAUACUGCAGCCAAAAUCAGUAACCAGCAAAAGGGCUGAUUGGGGGGAGAAGAGCAAGCAAAAGUGGGCGAGGAGCAAUUGUGCUGAAAAAUUAAGUGAAAUAAGUGGAUUAUAAAGUGGAUUCUCAGACAUUUAUUUACGGGAUCAGGAGUCCAUAUAUAUCGCAAAUAAUUUGAUGAAAAACUGAAAGUGGAUCUAUGAAAAUAGUGAAGGAUUGGGCGAAGUCGUUUUAUGAAAAGAAAAGUUGAUAUAUUUCGGGACUUGAGGGGACAUUUUGGAUUGCAUAGUUACCAACAGUGCAGCUUGUAUGGUGAAACAAUAGAGGAUUAUUGCAAAAUAGUUGCGAUCAAGUUUAAGCAAAACAAUUAGAAAAAUUGUUACAAUUGUGUUAGUGCAUUUUUCAAGUGGUGUCAGAAGAUACAAGAAGUAAAGCGAAUUAAAAACGGUAUACGAUAGAUACCAGCUCAAAACUAGGACAAUAUGUUGAUUAAACUAGUAAAAGAAGAUUUUCCGUGUUUGAAAAAUGGAUUUAUAUAACAGUAUCUUCGUUUGAUCGAAAUUUUCCGAAUUUAUUUUAGUAAGAUGCACAGCGGCAGCUUCAUCUCGCCCAAGCACCCGGCCAUUCCGGUCUCGAUCGGCAUCGCGUCGAUCGUGCUUGAGGGCAGGCCAGCGGUCAUCGAUGGCGGCACCAGCACCACAUCGUCGUCUCGAACAACAGGGUCCGACGGUGGGACGGGUCCCGGAGGUGGUGGCGGUGGCGGCCCGGACGAGGAUGGUGGGUUUUUCUCGGUGGCCGGAGGAGCGGUCGGCACCGAGUGUCACCCAAAGUCGUUCAACAUGACGGAUGCGGCCAAGCGGAUCAACCUGAAGCUGCAGCAGAUCCGGUCCUGUCCGGGCACCAGCAAGGACGUCGUGGAGAACAUGGUGACGGUGGAGGCCGGGUCCAGCGGUGGGGAUUAUGACAACUACGGCGUUGAGACGUACGUGAGUGAGUCUCGGAGCAGCGAAACUACGCCGCUGGUGUUCAGUGCCAAAGCCUGGAGCCGGGACCACAUCUACAGUGGGUUCGAGAAGAUGAAGCUGAUUGGGGUGUCGCCGAUCAAGGUACCGCCGGCGGCGGCAUCUAUGUCGUCGUUUAUCAACUUUUCCGGGUCUUCGACGGUCAAUUCGAAGAAGAAGUUGGAAGUUGGAGGUGGUGGUGGGGGCGCUAUCAAGCAACGCACCAGAGAAGGACCCCACUGCGAGCAGUUUUUGAAAAAGGUGGGGGUCAUCAAGAUCGACCCGGUUGAGGAGGCGGAACACAGCUGCAGCUACCGGAAUGAGUUUUGUCUACGUUGGCAGUCAUACUUCAAGCAGUUGUCGUCCCUGUUGACCACAGGCGAAGCCAUCUGCAUCGAGGUGUAUCUUGGACCCGAAAAUCACGCUAUUCUACUGGAACAAUGGAUUUUGAAACUGAAAAUUAAAUCAUCCGACUCAACAAUGACGCUACAAUCAUUGUGCGCUGCCAUCCGUAGUCAAUUAUACUUUUCGCAGAUUUCCGCGUGGACCGAUCUGAUAAAGAACUCACUCGAGCCGGAAAUCUUCAACCAUCCGCGAAUCAAGAAGGCAGCAGGAGAAGGAGUCGGAAGUUGCAAUGAAACGUCCCCGGUGGGACUGCCGCGAGCCAAGUUGGACAUUUUGUUCCGCAUCCGGGGCUACGACAACACUGCCUGCUUCAACGAGACGCCGAAUGUGCACAACUUCCCGGAUGCCAUCGUGGCGGACAAUUACGUCAUCGAGGUGGUGCUGAAGAGCUUGCCCCGGUUGGAGCGCAUUCCGCGGAUCAACGAUGAGAUGGAUGCGAAAAUGGACGAGGCGUUGGUGAACGAUCGUAUCGAUGGGCCGUGUCACGAGAAGGGCAAACAUCGGUGCACGUUUCGGGUGGAGGACGAGGAGGAUCCGCAAAUGGGCGAGGAAGAGAGUGCCGCCAUGAGUCACCGCGAGAAGCAGCUGUUGAAGUACAAGAAGCGCAUGAUGAAGCGGGAGAAAAAGAAGAAGGCCCUCGAAAGUGGUGGCAGCACGAGCAGCGUUGGUUCGAACGAAGCAGUCCCGAUGGUGGUAACGCCUCCGGUCUGCAAAUCACCCGCGUUGAACAUCCCAGUGCCGCAGGGUCACGCCAACAACUGUGGCGUCCCGCCGGCGUACACGUCCUCGAUCAAUCUGAUUCAGCCGCCGUUGUACUCGAAUUGCGAUGAUCUGUACCAGGCAGCGUCCUGCGCAAACAAUAACAACAACAACAACACUAAAGCUACCCAGACUGCCAUCUUCCUAGCCCUGUCGAGCAGCGGAACCGUGUCGACCGUGGCCACGCAAACCGAUGCCAGCGGGUGCUGCUGCCUCUGUGCCAACCCUCAACAGCAGCCAGCGCCGCCAACGUGCACAAACAGUGAUAGUAAAAUGCAAUAUGUUAAUAGUAAUAAUCUGCGCCGUGAUUACACUACUAGUAGUAACUGUGAUACUAGCCAACCAGAGGUUGAUGCCGUGAUCGCCGCCCAGCGUCGCCGCGAGGAAUCCAAAGGUCUUCGAAAGGCCGAACUGCUUCUGCAGGCCAUCCAGCGGACAGCAAUCAUAAACGAUCAUCAGCCCACCGCCGCCGACGACGCCGUCGACGCCGCCACGGCACAUUUCAGCAACAAUAAUUACUAUAGUGGAAGUUACAAUGAUAACAACAACGUUGGUAGUGAUACAGCAAAGUGCGAGCGAAGCGAAUGUGAUACUUUUACCUUCAGUAAGGAACCGUUAGAUUUAGGUGACUGUCGUUUAUGCAAGCGACAAAAAACGAAGCAUAAUUUUAAGUUGGCUCUCAAGUCGGACACCGAGUCGGGCAGCGGCUCUAGCAGCAGCAGCAGCAGCAGUGGCACCAACAGCACCAACAACAGCCCGCCCGGCUGUCGGCGCACCCUCUCGGAAAGCCUAGUCGGCCACUUUACGCUGCCCUCGUCUUCGUCGUCGUCGUCGUCAAAGUCGGCGAUCGGGGCGAAACAUGGUGGUGGCGCCGUCAAGCGGGAUAGCGAAGGUGAUGAUGAUCUCAGCGAGGGUCGGCUCAGCACGUCGACCGGAGCGGUUGGCACGCUGUCGUUUGAGCAGCUCAAGAGCUACCGGCGGGCGUUCUCGGAGGAUGUGAUCGAUACGAUCAGCUUGAGCGGCGCGCUCAGCGGGGAGAACAAAGAGGGCUGCCAGCAGUGUGGAUGUGGGAAAUCCACCCAAAAGAACGUCCAAGGCGCACAUGGCUCCUUCUCGCUCUUCGCCACGCCCCACGCAGCCUGCCGCCUGCCCCCAACAUCAACGCCAGCUGCCGGCUGCAGCAAGGCUCCCCUCUUUGUCAACUGCACCGAAAGCGACUGCUCCGUCAGCACCGCCAGCAGCGUGUCGCCCCACAAGAAGCAAAUCCUCAGCUGUACCGCCGUUUCCGGGGCCAAGCCGCCUCCGGCCGCGUACUACACCAUCCCGAAGAUCAAUUUGACGAACAUAUUUAAUGUUUCGCCACUGGCGCGGGAAGACUCCGGCUUUGCGAGUACUUCCAGUCCGAUCCCGAUCGACGAGAGUGUCGGUGGGAGUAGCGGCGGGGUGUUUAACUUUAGCGAGUCGAGUCGGUUGACGGUGCAAAAGUCGAGUUCUGCGCCAACUUGCCACUUGUCGCCGGGGUCGUUGUCUCCGCGGUUCUUGCGUCACGCUUAUAAGCAUCAGCGCUCGCGGUAUCUGUCGGAGCGCAGUUCGGUGUCGGAGCGAUCUUCUAUUGGGUCGGACGAGCAACUGUCCGAGGAUGAGUACCCGUUUUUGGUGGAUUCCAACGGGACCAGUUACGGGAGCAACUUCCAUCUCAGUCCGAGCACAACUCCGCUGUCGCCGCUCAAGUUUGGUAGCGCUCAGCAGCGUCCGUUCAGUAGGUCGUUCAGCAAGAACCUGUUCCGGUUUGGUCGGUUGCCGCUGCUGGGCACGCUGGAGGAAUCGCUGCUGCAGCGUCGCAUCUCGCCCAAGUUCCAGGUGGCGGACUUUAAGGUGCUGCUCGGCGCCUCGGGGAGCUUCUGUCCGACCCAGCUAACAAUUCCAGUUGCUUCGUACUUUUAUGAACUGCCUGGCCAACAUCUCAGCACACCCUAUGUGUGCGAACUACGUCUUCCACGGAAAGGUUACUCGAUCCCGCGCCAGGGAACGGUCCAGGUCACCUUGCUCAACCCGCUCGGGACGGUCGUGCGGAUGUUCGUGGUGCCGUACGACUUUCGCGACAUGCCCGCCAUGUCCACCACCUUCAUCCGGCAGCGCAUCCUCGCGUACGACGACAGCAGCGCCGCCAAGGGUUCAGCCACAGCUCAGCCCAGGAACGUCGAGCAGCUCAGCAACGCCGAACAGAUGAAGCUGCUGCGCUACGCGAUCCAUCUGAGAUUCCAAACGUCCCGCUCGGGCAAGCUGUCGCUGCACACCGACAUCCGGCUGCUGAUUUCGCGCCGCACCGACUGUGAUACGGCCGCCGCGCACGCCAAGAACCUGCUCGAGGCGCCGAACGAGCUGAAGGUGGUCACGAUCGUCCCGGACAGCCCCAAGUUUAGCCAGCGGAUGGACAAGCAGUAGAGUGAGAGAGAGAACGAGAGAGUAUUCGGUAGUCAUUAGAGAGAGUGAGAGAGCUAGCAUACAACAUUGAAAAUGGUUCAAAUUUUCAAUUUUUAAUUUGUUUUGAUUCUUUCGUUUGCCCAAAAUUACAACUCUGUAUCGUGGUUUGGUGAGUGUGUCGGCGCGGAAUGUCCACUCGAAUUUGGUGGGGGGAAAACGCCGCACGGCACGCCACAACUGUAAAUUAUGAUUUUAUCGCACUGAUGUACAUCUAUAUUAGCUAUCUUUUGUUAUGAAUUCAUUUGUUAAUAAAUAGUUUAGAAAAUACUGCUAA